AGGUCACACAAUCGAGUGGAGGGGUUCCGCUUUCCCAAAGUAGGCCCUGAAAAAUUCAGACUGUCAGCCAAGAAACAAACACCAUUCAGUCCUUGUCCAAUCGUUGUCGGAACAACAUCUAACACCUAACACUUCCAACGGGUUCCUCCUGUCAUAUCCUAACCAUGUGCGGUGGCUGGGCCUGUGCCUCCUACGAUCUGGCCUGCAACAAUCCACCUCUGUCCACCGUGCGUUUCACCGGCCGAGACUUUAUACCCACACCCUGCGGUCCCUGCGAUAAGUGUUAUGUCCUUGAUACGAGCCGCAAGAAGAACACCAACAACUGCUACGUGCCGCACAUCCUGUCCCCGCUGGAUGCCCAACUUUGUACACAGGAUGGUGGUCAGAAAAAAAAGGAGGCGAAGUAAUACGGGAAUAGCUAAAUCAUAAGUGCUUAUUUGCAAAUCGGGAUUAUAUCUCAUUCGAUAAGUGAAGUUAAAAGCAGCAGGACACAAUAAAAUUGGAAAAUGGACUAAAUAAAAUUUAUAAACUGGUCAAAAUAUA